UUGACUUUUGAUUUUUGUGUUUUAGUAGUUCUCUAUUUUAUUUUGAUACAAUAUUUUAAUACUUCUUGAGUGCUGGAAUUUUUGUACAUCUUGCUGUUGGAUAAUUGUGAGCAAAAUAGGUACUGAAUGAUAUGGAAAAAUGACCAAGUAACACUACAAUUUUGAUGGAAAUUAUUGUCUUGGUUGAUAUGUUGAUUUUCUUUGUUUGAUGUUUUGGAUCAAAACUCACAUGUGAACCAUUGCAGUUUGUUGCAAAGAAGCUGGAUAAAAGAUUAAUGGACCUUGGAGGAAUGGCUAUUCUUGAAAGAGGCUUGGGAGAUGAUCAGCACCCUUCAGGCUAUGAAGGCUCUCUUGAUCCUUGGAUGUCUUCUCUGUGGAGAAUGUUAAAUAUGACUAAACCAGAAUUCUUACCAAAUGGCCCAGAUGUUGUGAUUGAAGAUACUGUAUUGAUUGACCGACCAAAAGUCCAAAUCACAUAUCACAACAUUGAAAAUGUUGAGCUUGGGUCACAUUUUUCUACUGCCUCAGAUUUAACAUGUCUUGAUGCUCAAAUUGGGAGUGCUCGUUCAAUGCAUCCUGGAAUAUCAUCAUUUUUCUUUCCUCUAGCUAGCUGCUACCAUAAGAAUAAAACCAAUUCCUAA